AUGCUCUAUUACAGCGGGUUUACUAGAAGGAUUGGAGACGUUGAUGACGGAUCAACAGUGACCGAUUUUCUCCCGGCUGAAAGGGCCAGGGGUAUCACUAUCCAGUCUGCUGCAAUUACUUUCAAUUGGCCCCCGGAGAAUCAGAGCGCGCUGAGCCUGCAAGAUCUAGAGAAAAAAGGGCUUCCAAGGUCUGCCUUGCCGCACACGAUCAAUCUUAUAGAUACUCCCGGGCAUGCCGAUUUUACAUUUGAAGUCCUACGGUCUCUACGUAUCCUUGACGGGGCCGUCUGCAUUCUUGAUGGCGUUGCUGGAGUUGAAGCCCAAACGGAACAGGUAUGGCAUCAAGCAUCUACAUACAACAUACCUCGUAUUGCCUAUGUGAACAAACUUGAUCGCGAAGGAGCCGCAUUUGGACGAACCGUGAAAGAGAUUGGAUCAAGGCUCGGGGGAUGGCCGGCUGUCUGUCAAAUCCCGUGGUUUCAAGGCGCAGAUAGGAAAUUCGGAGGCGUUGGUGAUAUAAUCUCACUGCAAUGCCUUCAUUGGGAGGAACGCGGAGAUGGAAAGCAAAUUGCAGUGUCAAAACUAUAUGACCUGGAACAAUCAGAUCCCCAGUUCGCCCAGGAGAUGAAGAAUGCUCGAGUUGCUCUCGUUGAGCUUCUAAGCGAGCACGACGACGCAAUGGUAGAAAGCUUUCUGGAGCACGACGAAGACCAUCUCGCCGUUGAACCGAUUGAAAUCUGGGAGAGUCUACGGCGCUGCUUGCUCGGUGAGACUAGCAGGAUUAUUCCCACUUUUGCUGGCGCCAGUUUUAGGAACAUCGGCGUGCAGCCACUCCUUGAUGCGGUGGUCAACCUGCUUCCAAGUCCAACUGAGCGCCCUGACCCGGAGGUCAGUGUCGGAUCAACGAAAAUCGGCCUACAGAGCCUACUUGACGGGAAGUUAGUUCUGGAGGGUGCGGCCAAACCCAAGCACAAGCAAAAGAAGAAGCUGGCAUCGUCGAGCUCCGACGCCAACGCCGCUAUCAAGAAGUUAGAAAGUUGCGCUCUCGCUUUCAAGGUAGUGAACGAUGCUAGAAGGGGAGUGUUGGUGUAUGUCCGCGUCUACUCCGGCGCCCUCGACCGGAAUGCACUGCUAUUCAAUACCAACCUUGACGUCUCAGAGCGAGCUCCUCGAAUUUUUAAAAUGUAUGGCAAUGAUGCUAUUGAAGUACAAUCGAUCCCAGCUGGGCAUAUCGGCGUGAUUGCUGGCCUGAAGUUUGCUAGAACCGGGGACACAUUGCUCUCAUUCUCGGGAAACAAACAAACUGCGCCCGGAUCGUUGAGCAACUUGCAGCUUCGCCCUAUCGACAUACCCCCGCCGGUAUUCUUUACUAGUGUUGAGAUGCACAGCCUUAGCGAGGAGAAGAACCUUCAAGAGUCCCUUGCAUUGUUGCUUCGUGAAGAUCCUAGCCUUCACGUUACAGUUGACGAAGACUCGGGCCAGACGUUGCUGAGUGGUAUGGGAGAGCUUCACCUUGAGAUAGCUAGUGAUCGUCUGAUCAAAGACUUCAAGGCAAAAGCAUCCAUGGGAAGGAUUGAGAUAGGAUAUCGAGAGUGUAUAUCAGAGACUUCACCGCCGGUCACACGAAUAUACGAUAAAGAGGUUGCGGGCCGGAAAGGCAAGGCCGGCUGCAGCAGCAUCGUACAGCCCUUGUAUGAAAUUGAGCAACCUGAGGGCCCAGAAGAUUCAGAUGUCCUUUUCACGGGAGAAAAAGAUGGUAAUCGCAUCUCGAUCAUAACCCCGGGGCUUAUGUCAAGAGGGAUGGCCCAAUUUGCCAAAGAUCUUCUCCCGCCACAUCUCUCCUUAUCAAUAAUCCAAAAUUCCCUAUAUAACGGCUGCCUUGCUGCUCUCACGCGAGGGCCGAAACACGCGUUCCCUGUCCACAGUGUGGACGUUACCCUAACCUUCGAUGUAACUCAGCAUCUCUUCGGCAAAGAUACAACGCCGUCUGCCAUAUCCGCUGCCGCGCGUCUAGCCACACAAUCCGCUCUCAAAGAAGUCUCAUCGUCAUCAUCCCUGAUGGAGCCUGUCAUGAACGUCGCGAUCAGCGUCCAAGAAUCCAGUCUCGGCGCUGUAGCUCACGAUAUCUCAUCCUCACGCGGCGGCCAUAUCGUAUCACUGAAUGAUGAUGAUGAGGCGUCUUCAUCCCGAGAAACUCUGUCUGAACUACCGCAAAUCGACGUCUCCAAAAUCUACGCGCCUCCUGACCCGUUCACUUCCUCCACAUCUCUAGACACCGCAUUGUCUGGCAUGUCAGGAAACCAGUCGCGCACAAUUAUAGCCAAAGUCCCUUUGAAAGAGAUGGUUGGGUAUCUGAAACACCUCCGUAGCUUGACGGGCGGAAGAGGCACAUUCGUGAUGAGUGUUGACCGGUUUGAGAAGAUGAGCAGUCAGAGAGAAAAGGCUGCGUUGUCCGAGAUGAUGGGGUUAUGA